AUGGUGAAUAAAACGAUCCUCUUGGCCCUCAUGGGCAUUGGCGCCAGUCUUGUUGCUGCCACAGAUCAUACCGUCACUGUGACAACGACCAAGACGGAGACCGUCACGGCAUGUGCCUCGUCGUGCUAUUCAACUGUGACAAGCUGCACCUCGACUACUUCCUUGACUCUAUCUAUUUCGUCCACAACGGAGACAGAGACGGUGUCAAAGUCUACUUCCAUUGCUACAUCUACUACUGGCUCUGUUUCGUCCGGCUCAAGCUCUUCUCAAUCUACGUAUUCCAUACCAUCGGUGGUUUCAAGUACCUACAGCACCAGCACAACUACUGGUACAAUCUCAACGGGAACUGUGAAGAGCAGCACUUCGUCUUCCACCACUACCGGAGCUUCUACCACCACCACUGACUCGAGCCAACUCCCUGGAACCACCACAUCAAACUGCUCUCAAGGAUACAACUGUGAAUCCCUCACCGCGAGAGGAAGCACAGAUUCGUCUGUUCUCUCUAGCACCUCUAUUUCCCCAUCCAUGUCAUCUUCUUCUCUGUACUCCACCUCACUUUCAACUUCAACUUCUAGCCGAGAGACUACUUUCAAAUUUCCCUCUACUACUCAAGCUCGUGAGACACCUUCAUCAUUUGACAGCACUACGGGGACAACGUCUGGGAGUUCUACAGUGACCAAAUCUGAAAGCACAACAGGGACAGCUUCUGAGAGCACGACUCUGACGACGCUCAAGUCGACUAUUACGCAGACUGUGACUGUUCCAGGAAAUUCACACUCUGAAAGCUAUAGCCACACCCUAUCGGACACUGCCAAGUCUACGACGGAGUCUUCCACGCUAACCAUUUACUCUACCGUGUCUGAGUCUACCGGGAAGUCUUCGACUGUUUCUUCCACGGAGUCCAAGUCCACACCUACCUCUACUACCACAGGCUCCUCAUCUUCGGGAACAUCUUCUAGUUCCAGUGGUCAAUCUUCCACAGCUUCAUCAACGGCAUCAACGUCUAAGACCUCUUCUACAAGCACCGGUAUAAUAUCCUCCAAAUCCUCCACAACAUCAGGAAGUGAAUCUUCUACCGCCUCGUCAACAGAGUCUACAACUAGGUCUUCUUCCGCCUCCACCACUGGAUCAUCUUCAGAGACAUCCACAGGUUCUACCAAUCAACCAUCUACCUCAAGUAUCUCAACCAGAUACACAACCACUCCAUCUGGAAGCUUAUUAUCUUCCUCGACUUCAUCUUCGUCUUCCUCUGCAUCCUCGUCCUCCUCUUCCACACAAGUCGGAUCCACCGACUCAUCAGCUUCACCCGCCACAACCACUCACACCACCCACUCCUCCGCAUACACAUCCUGCACCGAAUCUUCCACAAGUCCAUCUCACAUCUACACUCUACCCAACGCAACAACAACAACAAUCACAGGAACCGGAUAUUCUUCCCACUCCACAUCUCUCAGCACAAGUUCAUACAUCCUUCCCCCCUCAAGCAUCUCUAUCGAUUCUUCCGCCUUAGCGGAAACUACUUCAAAAGUAUCAGGCAGCUCACACUACUCCGUCCCAUCUAGCGAAACAUCCACUACAUCUUAUUUUUCAUCUUCAUCUUCCACUUCAUCUUCAAAUUCGAGCACCAUCUCAUACGCAUCCACCGCCGACGCAGUCACACAGCCCUCAGCCACUUCCACCACCUUCCACACAACAACCACGACCAAAUCAUCCUCAAGCGGCGCAACAACUUCAACGGCAUCGAGUUCGUUGACUGGGUACCCUGUUCCGCCUUCGUAUGGGCCUCCAUCUUAUGAUAUUCCGUCGUAUGAGCUCCCGCCGUCUUACGGAUUCAGGGGCCGAAGAAUUUGGUAA